GCUGCUCAUUUACUCACACACUCACUCUUUACCUGUGAUUGACACCGACAACCUAAAGCCAAACCAAUAGAGAGAGAGAGAGUCCCUUCCCUCUCUCUUGGAUGACAAGUUAACAAACAAAUGAAUGAAAAAUGGACCUCCCAACACACUCUUAGAUUUGGAUCUAUAUUUCAUUCAAUUGGAUAAUAAUUAUUAUUUGUUACCUCUUACAUUAUUUUUCCAAAAAAAACAUGUGUAUAUGUCUAUCAAACAAAGAUCUAAUAAUACAAUAAACACAAUGAGAUAACAUCUUCUGUUGGAUUGGACCCACUUUCAAAACUCAACAAACAAACCACUUUUUUUAUGUAUUCCAUUUCAUGUGAAUCAUAUGAAAGACUUUUAAGGAUCAAGAUUGUAUAUGAAGUUUUGUAUUAUUCCUUAAAAGUUUUCAAGUUUGAGCUUUCAACAACACUCUAACUCUAGCUAUGGAUCCAAGUUCUUAUCUUGAUCAUGCCCUUUUUCAACUCACCCCAACAAGAACAAGAUGUGACUUGGUAAUUGUUGCUGGUGGUGUUAGUGAAAGACUAGCUUCUGGGCUAUUAGAACCUUUUAUUUCUCAUCUUAAAUGUGCUAAAGAUCAGAUUUCAAAAGGUGGCUAUUCAAUCACUCUAUGUCCUGUUGUUACAUUUGCUCCAUGGUUCACUAAAGCCACUCUUCAAAGGUUUGUUAGAUUUGUAAGCACCCCAGAAGUUCUAGAGAGGUUUGUGACCAUAGAAAAAGAGAUUGUGCAGAUUGAAGGUUCAGUUCAAUCUAGUGAGGCAGAAGGAAAUGUGUCAUAUGCCGAGGGGCGUACCAAAAGGUCAACUAUUUCCUCCAAUCAAGAUGGAACUGAAGAGAACUCGAGGGUUCGCCUUCAACGUGUUCUAGACAAUCGUAAAGCUAUGCUUUGCAAAGAACAAGCAAUGGCCUAUGCACGUGCUUUAGUUGCGGGAUUUUAUCCAGAAGCUAUGGAUGAUCUUAUCUCUUUCGCUGAUGCUUUUGGAGCAUCACGUUUAAGGGAAGCAUGCUUAAAUUUCUUAGAGCUGUGCAAACAGAAGAACGAAGACAAGCUUUGGAUGGAUGAGAUUGCAGCUAUGCAGGUGUCUUCUCAAGCCGUAUUGCCUUACUUGAGGACAUCCGGAAUCAUACUUGCAGGCGAAGAUGACUCGGGCAGUAAGCUAAAUGGCUUAGGUGAUGUCUCAAUUUCUGGUUCAACCCCAAGCCAUGCAAGUUUGGACAUUGGACAAGAAUAUAGGUUGCCAGCAGCAGGUCAAACUCCAUCAUCGGACGGAAGGGCUCAAAUGCCAAUGUCGUGGCCGAACCAUCAUCCGCAGUACAUUCACAAUUUUCAAGGUCAUGCAUUUCAACAAAUGCCUCCAUACCAAGGAUACAUGUAUCCCGGUAUGCAGGUUCCGUCUUCAUAUUAUCCAGGGAAUAUGCAAUGGCCUCCAAACGAGGAUCACUCACACAGUGAUAAAACAUCGUAUAAGAAAAAGAAGAAGAAAAACAAACAAUCUCAAGUAGCGGAUCACUCUGAAGAAGAUGGCUCAACUACAUCAUCUGAGUAUACUGAUGAGAGUGAUUCAGAUGCCGACUCAAAGCGAAGCAAAAAGAAAUCUUCAACGGAGCAUCUGCGCAGAAAGAAGCAUGGAAAGAAAUCCUCAAGGAAAGUAGUUAUCCGUAAUAUAAACUACAUAACUUCCAAGGGAGACGGCGAAAAAGGUAGUAUCACAGAGGGGAGUUUGUCGAACGAGGAAGAAUUUAUCAACGGAGAUUCCUUGAAACACAAGGUUGAAGAAGCUGUUAGAAACAAGUCAACCUCGAGUCACCGUAAGCAACAACAUAGUGCAAAACACCUUGGCAAUGUAAAUGGUUCAACCGAUGCUGAUUUGAAUGGCAAAAAAGGCGGUAACAACUGGGAUGCUUUCCAGAAUCUCCUUUUGAGAGAAGACGAUGAUUCUACUCCUGAUACCGAAAAACAGCCUAUGAUGUUUCAGGAAGAAUAUAUGAUGAACAAGAAUUUUGCAGAUGGAAGGUCAAAUGAAUAUAACCGCGAAGCAGAAAUCACUAAAACUCGAGUAGUUUCAAAUGAUUCAUUUGUUGUGACACAGAGGGAAUUGAACGGUGAGGGUCGAGAUCGUGUUGAGUACUUCAACGAAGGGAAGAAUGGACCUACAUUUAUGCAGAGAAAGAAAAUCAAUGAUGAGGAGUUGUUGUUUUCUCGGAGAAAUGAAGAAUCGGGUAGCUAUUAUGUGUCAUCUUCAGCUACAGAUCGCUUACCUGAAGAGAAAAACAAGAAAGAUGUUUUGGCUGAUGACUCUUUUAUGGUUCAAGCUCGGCCGUCACAAGGUCAAUUUAAUUCUCAAUCAGCUGCUGAUAUAAGUUUGGUUUCAGACAUUGUCGGCGCUACUGAAUUCACAAACGGCACACAAGAAGAUUCGCACAAGAAGACUGAGACCUUAAUUUCUCGUGAGCCGGAAGAUCUGUUGAUGGUUAUUGGUCGCGAUUCAGCUGUAGAGCAUAGUGCAGCACCCUGGAGAAUGGAAAUGGAUUAUGAAAAUAACAUUUCAUUAUAUGAAGCAAACAAAAAAAAUUCUGAUGUUGAACCUGAUAAAAAUCGUGUAUCUAAUCGUGUAGACGCCGAUAAGAAAGCUACUGGAGUGAAAACCGGGAAAGUUUCAGGUAAAGAGGCAAAGUCAAAGGCUCCAAAUGCAUCUCUUGGGAAAAGCAAAUCUGAUAUCAUGUCAAGAAGUAGAGCAUUGCCAGGAAGCAGAACUACGGUUACGAAGGGCAAAUCCGAGAAGGAAGAAGAAAAUAGAAAGAGAAGGGAAGAGUUAAUGAUCCAGCGACAGAAAAGAAUUGCCGAAAGAAGUACCUCGAAGAAGACUGGAACAGGCACUAAGACAGCUGCAAAGAAAGGGAAUCCUAAUGAAGAGACUAAGAAACCGAACAAAACAGUCCUUAGGAGUUCGACCAUUGAUCGUCUUGCAACUGCUCGAGUAACUCCGAAGAAGAUUUUGCCGAGUCAAGCAAAACCAGGUCCAACAAAGAAACCUUCGUUGAAGGCAAAUGGAGUACCUUUGCAGAAGAAACAGCUCCAAAAAGAAGUCAAAUCAUCAAAUCAUAAAGAAGACGCGCGUAAAACAAAAGGCAAAGUUCUUUCCGAGACUAACAGGAAGACUAAGAAUGAAACAAAAGCCUCAGUAGUGUUGCCUAUCAAACCCGAUGCCGCACAAGCUGUUGAACAAAACAACAACAAUCGUGAUUUCAAAUACAUCGGAGAGAUAUCCAAGGCAUCACCGGAGAAACAUUCAAGAUAUUUGACUUCAGAAAGAGAAAUUGCGGAUGAAAAUAUUCGCCAACUUCACACUAACUCAUCUUUGCCAAAUCAGUCUAGAGUUGAGGAAGUAUCAGACAAGUUAUCUUCGCUUCCUAGGGAUAAUAACCAACCUCGGCAUAAUACUGAAAUGAUCACAACUUCUACAGCUGCAUUACCUACCAAACCAUUAAUAUAUACUGAUUUGAAUUCAAAGGCUAAUCAUAAAAUAGAUGAAAGUAAUGUUACUCCGCCUAAAGUCUCAGAGAUAGAAAUCUUUACCCCUCCACCAAGUAACCAAGUAAUGCAAGAAUCAAUCCACAACAGGAAGAAAUGGAUCAAUGAGGAAGAAGACUCUUCGAAAGCGGUGAAAGGGUUCCGUAAGCUUCUCUUCUUUGGAAGAAGAAGCUGAAGAACCUUUGUUAAGGGAAGUUAUGAGUUAUCUUUAUACAUGGUUUUGGUUAUUCAAUAUUUUGAAAGAGAGUUUACUUUGUUGGCACAUUGAAUUAUUUGUUGUUUUUGAAAACAUAUUCAUGUGACAUGGUAGUCAUGUGGAAGAUUGUAGAUAGUUUUCAGCUUCUCAGACAUUAUAACAAUAAAGCCAUGUGGAUUGGAAUUGUUAUCAUACUAAGGAAGCAUAGCAGAGGUAGUAAAUUUUCCAUGUUAUAGAGUUCUAUACACAGUUUGAAGUCAAAACGUGUUUCCAUGUAUUGUAAAUCAUAAUUGAAAGUUGUGAUGUUUGGUUGUGUAUUGGUUUCAUGUUGAUAUUUUUUGACAAUGUUCAAACU